GCGUGCUGCUCACUCACAACCAGUCGGGUCGUUUCGAGUCUCGCUUCGUGAGCGUGGCUCUGCUGCCCUCCCCGGCUCUGAUGCUGCGCGGCAUGGAGGGAUCCACGCUGGGCGCCUGGGUGGCACACGGAGAGGGCUACGUGCAGUUCCGCUCCCUGGCUCUCCUGGACCGCUUGGACUCCCAGUCUCUGGUUCCUCUGCGCUACGUGGAUGAUUCGGGGUCCUCCACCGAGCAAUACCCACUAAACCCCAACGGCUCUCCACGUGGCAUCGCUGGGCUGUGCUCCGUGGACGGGCGCCACCUAGGCAUGAUGCCUCACCCCGAGCGGGCCGUGUUGGGCUGGCAGUGGCCCUGGGCCCCUGCAGAGAUGAGAGACGCCCUUGACCACUCGCCCUGGCUCACCAUGUUCAGGAACGCAGCCGCAUGGUGCCUGAGCAGUCAGUGAGGAGAGAGAAGUGUGAGGCGACUCAAGCGGACCAUUCCACCAAAUCGGAGAGAAUGAGACAUUCCAAAUUAAGACACUGUGCUCUAUCCACAAAGCUGCCAUCGCCACACUGCCAAAAUCUAUUCAUUUCUCUUCUCUUUUAGGACCCCCAACCCGAAUCUAGAUUGGGUUGGGUUAAUUUAAUUAAUUAUUACACCGACGCGCACUGUGGCGUUGCAGCUCACUGCUUGUGUUUUCGAAUGAUCUUCAGAUCGGGUUCGGGUUAAGUGAAUUUUCACUUCUCACAAUCCCCUGCUGGGCGAGUCAAUAAGGUCUAAAAUCUCAUGUUUAACAAAUACAAUGUUAAUCAAAUAAUUCAACUUACAAGAAAAGUUCUGUUACUGAAUGCUUUGGGGGCCAAAUUGAAUAAUUUAAAGUAUUCUGUUUUUUUAACAUCAAUAUGCAUUUACUCAGCAUAAUACGAUUAAAUAACACGGUGGGAACUGGAAAACGUGUAGAAGUGGGCUGGCAGUAGCUUUUGUUGCGGUUUCUUAUUACAAGUACACAUUCUACUGCACGUAUUAAAAUAUAGUUAAAAUGAUUAAACAAUGAGGACUUUAAGGUUUCGAUUUCACUAUCCGAAACACAACGCCACUUUCUAUUUCUCCGCUUUAGUUUCGAUUCCCAAAGUUAGCUGUUAUAUAAAACCACUGUCGGGGAAAGAGUUUCGGAGUUGCCACACGAAGAGAGAGCAGCGUGACUGACUGACUGUUCAUUUGGGACCGAAUGUCUACAAUAGUGCCCAGACUCAGCAAGCAGAAAGAAAAGCUUCUGCUAGAGCUGUUUCAGGACAAUAUGAAGUUCUGCUUGCUUUACAAAGGAAGCUUCCAUGGUUUCAACAAAGCUGAAUUGACAUCCAGAUGUACCAUGCAAGGGCAGACUGUGAUCGUGGGGUACUUGGACUCGGGUUUAAUCGUUGGGGGUUACACAAGCCAAGGUUUUAAAUAUCAAAGCAACGCUAUAAAGGAUAAAAAAGCUUUUAUUUUCACAAUCGAUGAAACAAAGUCAAGCUGCUUUCUAGUCAAGAAGCCUGAAAAUGCUCUGACUUUUUUCAUUGCAGUUAAUUUUGGAGAUGCUUUUCAUUUUUAUAAUCCUAGAAAUAACAACGUGAACUAUGUUUGUGUAUCUUCUAAUGAGAACUACGAAUCAGCAUUACCAAAAGGUCAAUAUUCUCUCCAGGAUGUAGAGGUUUAUCGUGUUCAAGACGCUGGAGAUUUGCUGGACUCGCCCUGGAGGGAUGUUUCUUGGACAGAGGAGACGGGGGAGUCUGAAAAGGUGGACAUCACCUUGUUUACGCCAUCCGUCGACUCUGUUUCCCAGGCCCGGGUCCUGCUGGUUGGUCCGGUUGGAGCAGGGAAGUCCAGUUUCAUCAGCUCAGUGAAUUCUGUAUUCUGCGAUCAAGUAGUCAACCUGGCGAUGGUUGGUACUGGGCCAGGAAGCUUCACUAAGAGGUUGAAGUCUUACAACAUCAGAGCAGAGGUGGGGGGUGGUGGGAUUCCCCUGGUGUUCUGUGAUAUGAUGGGGCUGGGUGAGACGAAGAGCUCUGGAGUGAACGUGAAAGACAUAAUGACUGUCCUGAAAGGACAUGUGCAGGAUGGAUACAAGUUCAUUCCAUCAGAGGCCAUUGAGCCUGGCGCCACAAAAUACAUUCAAAACCCAACGCUGAAAGAUAAAAUCCACUGCGUUGCAUUUGUUUUGGAUGCAUGCAAGCUUGACAUUUGCAAUAAAUAUCUUGAAGAAACCUUCCAGGAACUCCGAUCAGAGAUCAGUGAUGUAGGCAUUCACCAGAUUGCUUUGCUGACCCACAUUGAUGAAGCCUGCCAUGCAGUCGGAGAAGAUGUUAAAUCUGUGUACAGAAGCAGGUGCAUCCAGCAGCAGAUUCAAAAGGCUGCGAAACUUCUUGGGAUGUCAGUUUCUUGCAUUGUCCCUGUGAAGAAUUAUUCUUCUGAGCUGGAGCUGAAUGGCAACAAUGAUGUGUUGAUACUGAGCGCAGUACAUCUAAUGCUGCGAUACGUGAAUGCUUUUUUUGAUGAAUAUAAACUUACCCGAGUGAUUGAGUGCAAAAAAGUACCAUGCCAAUUGUAACCAUGUUAUUUAAAAAAAAAAAACGUUGUUAGCAGCUGAGCACAGCCGUUUUAAUAUUUUAUAAUUGCAUGUGCAAAAACAUGUCAUACAGCUUUAAAAAAAAUGAUAUCAAUUGUAUUUGCAAUCAGUACUGAAUGACAUGGUGCAGUCAUGGUAUAUAGCACAGUAGAAGAUGCAUUGCUUGCUAAACUGCAACAGUAUCAUGAAUAUUAUCCACUGUACGCUUGCUAUAACACUGUAUGUUAUUGCCAUUUUCAUAUUAAAAGAUGUUUAAUACAUGUAAAGGUUAAUCAUAAUAUAAUGUACGUACACCAUCUGAUGAAUAUACAGCUUUAACUGUAUUAAUAUGAAAAAGGGGUUGCAUGAACAACAAUAAAAAUGAACAUCUGUUA